GUGUCAGAUGUCAAUGUCAAGUAAGCGCAAUAUUUGUUGAUAAAAUGUUGAGCGCAAUGAUUUUUAUUUAGUUUUUUACACCGGCCAUGAUAAGAUAAAGCAAGUAGGUAUAGUAAGUAAUAUUAGAAGACAUUAUUUCUUCUUCGGCAGUUUCCUAACAACGACGCAAGAGAAAUCAUGGCUGAACUUGGUCCGGAACACCCAAGGAAUUUGAUUCCAGAAUUAUGCAAUCAGUUCUAUCAUUUAGGAUGGGUAACUGGAACUGGUGGGGGUAUCUCUAUUAAGCAAGGAGAUAAAAUUUACAUAGCGCCAUCUGGAGUGCAAAAAGAGCGCAUGAAAUCUGAUGACCUGUUUGUGCAAACUAUCAAAGAUGAGGAUCUUGAAUUACCACCUCCAGAGAAAAUGUUAAAAAAAAGUCAGUGCACUCCUCUAUUUAUGCUGGCGUACAGAGAGCGCGGCGCCGGCGCAGUCAUACACACACACUCGCCUCACGCAGUGCGCUGCACUCUACUGUAUGACAAGGAGUUUGUCAUUACGCAUCAGGAGAUGAUCAAGGGUAUAAAAGAUGCUACCUUAGGCCGCUAUCUCCGCUACGAUGAAAAGUUGGUAGUACCGAUUAUAGAAAACACUCCGUUUGAGAAGGACCUGGCGGGUUCCCUUGGCGAGGCGUUGCGACAGUACCCAGGGACAAGUGCAGUGCUGGUCAGGAGACACGGGGUCUAUGUGUGGGGUGAUACUUGGCAACAGGCUAAGACUAUGACCGAGUGCUACGACUACUUAUUCGAAAUGGCUGUGGAAAUGAAGAAAUUAAAUCUGGACCCAGCUUUUGUGCCAGAGAAAUGAUCAAAGGAAUGUUUCGUCGAGAUCACAUCAGGUCCACUAAGUAGUUUAUAAGUAAUCAAAUAAUGCUGUAAGUCCAAACUGGAAUUACUUGUAAGAGUAUGGCUGUGCAAUCAUUAUAGUCUACAAGCUACACCAAGUUUUAAUCAAUUUUCAACGUUAUUACAAGGUUAUAGGGUUGGAAAUCUAGUGGAGAGAGGUAGAAUAGUUUGAUGAAUUGGGAUCUGUAAUUCUGUACCUUAUAUUGGGAAAAUUAUGGCUUUAUACCACAACAAUAUGUAUGUUCGACUUCGAAAUAAUAGAUAUAAUUUUGUAAGUAGGUAGUAUUGGAUCAUGUUAAAAAAACGUUGUUAAUAUUUACAGAUUUUAUACAAACUCCAUGAAUAC